ACAGAGACAGAGAGAGACAGACAGAGAGACAGAGAGACACAGAGACAGAGAGAGACAGAGAGACAGAGAGACAGAGACAGAGAGACAGAGAGAGGUGCAGGGGACACGGGAAGAGACUCUUCACUUACUCAGGAGUCUACUGCAAGGUCUCGCGAGCAAUCGAGUUCAACCAAUGGGCGACCUCAAGUACCAGUCCGGCUUCGGGAACGAGUUCUCGUCUGAAGACCCGAGGUGUCCCGGAGCCCUUCCUGUGGGACAGAACAAUCCCCAGGUCUGUCCCUAUGGCCUCUACGCUGAGCAGAUUUCAGGAACGGCGUUCACCUGCCCACGUGCUACCAAUCAACGCAGUUGGCUGUACCGCAUCUUGCCGUCCGUGCGUCACUCUGAGUUCAAGCCGCUGGACCAGGGACACCUGACGAGUAGCUGGGACAUGGAGCCAAACCCCAACCAGCUAAGAUGGCUUCCAUUCACCAUUCCCAAUAUCAAGGAAAAGAAAGUUGACUUCGUAGAGGGCCUGUCUACUCUGUGUGGUGCUGGCGAUGUUCUCACACGCCAGGGGUGUGCUGUCCACAUCUUCACCUGCAACACUUCCAUGCACAACAAGUGUUUCUACAACUCCGAUGGAGAUUUACUAUUUGUUCCCCAGGAGGGCUCUCUCCUCAUCACCACCGAGUUGGGAAAAAUCCACGUGGAUCCACUCGAGAUUUGUGUCAUACCGCAAGGGAUAAAGUUCUCCGUGAGCGUCAGCGGUGAGACACGGGGCUACCUGCUGGAGGUGAUGGGGGUUCACUUUCAGCUGCCAGAACUUGGCCCCAUAGGGGCGAAUGGCCUCGCCAACCCUCGUGACUUCCUCUACCCGGUGGCACACUACGACCAUCACCUGCAUCAUCAUCAUCAUCACCACCAUCACCUGCAUCAUCAUCAUCAUCACCACCAGCAGCAGCAGCGGGAGGAGGAGGAGCAAGAGGAGUCAACAGUGCAGAUCGUAAACAAGUUUCAGGGGAAAUUGUUCACAGCACAGCAGGAGGGGUCUCCGUUUGACGUGGUGGCUUGGCACGGCAACUACGCUCCUUACAAGUACAACCUAAAGAACUUCAUGGUGAUCAACGCCGUGAGCUUCGACCACGCGGACCCGUCCAUCUUCACGGUGCUCACCGCUCCCUCUCAGCGGCCAGGCACGGCCACGGCCGACUUUGUCAUCUUCCCUCCUCGCUGGGGCGUGGCGGAGAACACGUUCCGCCCUCCAUACUACCACCGUAACUGCAUGUCCGAGCUGAUGGGCCUGGUGAGUGGCAGCUACGAGGCAAAGGCCGAGGGCUUUCUCCCUGGGGGUGCCUCCCUCCACCCCAUCAUGACCCCCCACGGCCCCGACCGGAAGUGCUUCGCAGAGGCCACCCGUGCCACUCUGGAGCCAGAGAGGGUGGCACACGGCACCAUGGCGUUCAUGUUUGAGAGUUGCCUCCUGCUGGCACCGACGCGUUGGGCCCUGGAGUCGUGCGGCCGCCUCGACCGCUCCUACCGCAGCUGCUGGGAGGGCAUCGCAGAGAACUUCACUGGGCCAGCAGAUAGACACACAUAGAUAGACACAUAGACACACAUAGACACACACAUAGACACACACACACACAUAGACACACACACACAUUGACACACACACACACAUAGACACACACACACACAUAGACACACAUAGACACACACACACACAUACACACACACACAUAGACACACACACACACACACUCCUACCGCAGCUGCUGGGAGGGCAUCGCAGAGAACUUCACUGGGCCAGCAGAUAGACACACAUAGAUAGACAUAGACACAUAGACAAACACAUAGACACACACACACACACAUAGACACACACACACACACUCCUACAGCAGCUGCUGGCAGGGCAUCGCAGAUAACUUCACUGGGCCGCAGAUACUUAGAUAGACACAUAGAUAGACACAUAGACACACACACAUAGACACACACACAUAGACACACACACACACACUCCUACAGCAGCUGCUGGCAGGGCAUCGCAGAUAACUUCACUGGGCCAGCAGAUAGACACACAUAGA